GGGGGGGAGGUGAUGCGAGCCUGUCAAAGUCAAUAGCGGCUCUGGCGGAGGCUUCCCUCAGCUUUGCACAUCAGCUCUGUUUUGAUAAGAGAUGCUACUGUAUAACUGGUGGAGAUUUGUGGUGGCCUGAGGAAUGCUUGUUCUGGCUGCUGAAACUGACUGUAACUGUAUUGUCUUAGCAGCAGCAGCAGCAUGGGGUCAAGUGCUACAGAAAUUGAAGAACUGGAAAACACCACUUUGAAGUAUCUUAUAGGAGAACAUACUGAAAAAAUGUGGCAGCGCUUGAAAGGGAUACUAAGAUGCUUAGUGAAGCAGCUGGAAAGAGGUGACGUUAAUGUCGUUGACUUAAAGAAAAAUAUUGAAUAUGCAGCAUCUGUGCUGGAAGCAGUUUAUAUCGAUGAAACCAGGAGACUGCUGGAUACAGACGAUGAGCUCAGUGACAUUCAGACUGAUGCGGUUCCAUCGGAAGUCCGCGACUGGUUGGCUUCUACCUUUACACGGAAAAUGGGGAUGACAAAAAAGAAACAUGAGGAAAAGCCAAAAUUUCGGAGCAUUGUACAUGCUGUUCAAGCUGGAAUUUUUGUGGAAAGAAUGUACAGAAAAUCAUAUCAUGUGGUUGGUCUGACAUAUCCAUCAGCUGUCAUAGUAACAUUAAAGGAUAUUGAUAAAUGGUCUUUUGAUGUAUUUGCCCUCAAUGAAGCAAGUGGAGAGCAUAGUCUGAAGUUUAUAAUUUAUGAACUGUUUACCAGAUAUGAUCUUAUCAACCGUUUCAAGAUUCCUGUUUCUUGCCUAAUUGCCUUUGCAGAAGCUUUAGAAGUCGGUUACAGCAAGCACAAAAAUCCAUACCACAAUUUGAUUCAUGCAGCUGACGUCAGUCAAACUGUGCAUUACAUUAUGCUUCAUACAGGUAUCAUGCACUGGCUCACCGAACUGGAAAUUUUAGCAAUGGUCUUUGCUGCUGCCAUUCAUGACUACGAGCAUACAGGGACCACAAACAACUUUCAUAUUCAGACAAGGUCAGAUGUUGCCAUUUUGUAUAAUGAUCGCUCUGUCCUUGAGAAUCACCAUGUGAGUGCAGCUUAUCGACUUAUGCAAGAAGAAGAAAUGAAUAUCUUGAUAAAUUUAUCCAAAGAUGACUGGAGGGACCUUCGGAACCUAGUGAUUGAAAUGGUUUUAUCUACAGACAUGUCGGGUCACUUCCAGCAAAUUAAAAAUAUAAGAAACAGUUUGCAGCAGCAUGAAGGGAUUGACCGAGCCAAAGCCAUGUCCCUGAUUCUCCAUGCGGCAGACAUCAGCCACCCGGCCAAACCCUGGAAUCUGCACUACCGGUGGACCAUGGCCCUGAUGGAGGAGUUUUUCUUACAGGGAGAUAAAGAAGCUGAAUUAGGGCUUCCAUUUUCUCCACUUUGUGAUCGGAAGUCAACCAUGGUGGCCCAGUCACAAAUAGGUUUCAUUGAUUUCAUAGUAGAGCCAACAUUUUCUCUUCUGACAGACUCAACAGAGAAAAUUGUUAAUCCUCUUAUAGAGGAAGCUUCAAAAUCUGACAGUUCUUCCUUCGUGUCAAGCAGCGCUACCAUUGUGGCGUUGCAAAGUGCUGAUUCGAUAAGACGAGCAAGCACAAAAAGCUACCUGGGUGAUCCGUCCUAUUUCCCAGACUACACCCUGACAGCCGUGGACCUGAAGAGCUUCAAAAACAACCUGGUGGACAUCAUUCAACAGAACAAAGAGAGGUGGAAAGAGUUGGCUGCACAAGGUGAACCAGAUCUUCUUAAGAACUCAGAAGACUUAGUAAAUGCUGAAGAAAAACAUGCUGAUACACGUCCGUAGGUCGGAAAGACCUUAAUGGCUUCUGUCAUUUUAAACAUGAGAGGAUAAUGAAGACAGCACAAAAAUAUCCUAAAUCUAAAACUUUCCAUCAAGCUCUAUCUCCUUUUCGGACAUACAGUCGGAUCAGGCCAUUUUUAUGGACGUCUACCUAAGAAAUUAGGAAGAACACAAAUUUUGAGUUAGUAACUCUGGCCAAAAAAAUACAACCAAGUUACUGUGAAGACUUUUUGGCCAGUGCUUCUGCCAUUGUUUUUUCCUCUGCAAUUUGGCCUUCUUCAAUCAAGCCAGAAAAAAUUUUAGGACAAAAGUCAGACAAUUUCAAAUCUUUCUCACUUUGAGCCAAUCACAGUUACUGUGCAGUACGUGUGCUGAAGAGGAAGCCUUUUUCACUUUUACUUUCUUGAAUUGUCUUAAACAAAGUGCUAUAACUACACACUUUUUAAGGUCUUAAAUAAAAGGAA